UUUUGGAUCACAGCAACGAAUAGAUAGAUUUUUAGGCGAUAGAUCAAAUCUCUCAGAUCUUUGGUUUUCAGUUUUGAUUUGUGUACUCGAACCCCUAGUUCGAUUUCGGUUUUGUGUAUUUCCCAAAUGGCGGCGAGUGAAGAGCCUGUUGUUGCGGUCGAGUCGGCGCCGGAACUGGCGGCCUCAGAGCCAGUGGCGGAGGAGCAACAGGCGGCGAAGGCCGGAAAGACGAAGAAGGCGAAGGAGCCGAAACCGAAGAAGCCUGCGGCUUCGAAGAAGCCUAGGGGCUCUCCCACGCAUCCUCCUUACAUAGAGAUGAUCAGUGACGCGGUUGUGACGUUGAAGGAGAAAAGCGGGUCGAGUCAGUACGCGAUUGCGAAGUUCAUUGAGGAGAAGCACAAGCAAUUGCCUCCGAACUUCAAGAAGUUGCUGUUGGUCCAAUUGAGAAAGCUUGUGGCCUCUGGCAAGCUUGUGAAGGUCAAAGGUUCGUUCAAGCUGCCGGCAGCUCGUGCUUCUGCGCCGAAGUCGGCUCCUGUUGCGAAAAAGAAACCGGCGGCAGCGAAGCCUAAGACUGCUCCCGCGGCUAAGGUCAAGAAAUCGCCGGCGAAAGCUAAAGCUGCCGCGCCUAAGGCUAAAGCUGCGGGAAGGCCUAAGUCAGCUCCCACCUCCAAGCCGGCUGCGAAGCCAAAAGUUGCUCCUGCAAAGCCAAAGGCAGCCGCCAAGCCUAAAGCUGCGGCAAAGCCGAAGCCUAAGCCAAAGCCCAAGGAGAAGCCGGCUAAAGCUGCGAGAACGUCUAGUAGAACCUCUCCAGGAAAGAAAAUUGCUGCCGCAAAGCCCAAGACGGUGAAGUCGCCGGCGAAGAAAGCUCCGGCUAAGACAGCGAAGGCCAAGACUGUGAAGUCGCCGGGGAAGAAAGCACCGGCGAGGAAAGGAAGGAAGUGAGAAGGGGAGAGUUGCUAUGUGUAGGGUUAGUCCUGUAAAGUAAUUGAUCUAUGGUACAUCUUGGUUCCUUUUGGAAGUUAUAGUAUCGUUUUCUCUUUAUUUUCUUUCCCAGGCUCUUAAGUACUUGAAAUACAGCGUUAGAUGUACUAAUUUGUUGAAUCGAUUUCGUGGAGAAUCAGAGUUCGAGUUUUCAUGGUGCUCAA